CUAGCUUUCUCCUUAAGAGUUCUGUUUUAUAUAUAAUGUCAAGAACGUCGGAACCACUGGCUGUGGGGAGAGUGGUGGGUGAUGUUGUGGACAUUUUCACCCCAACUGUGAAGAUGACUGUAACUUAUAACUCCAAUAAGCAAGUUGCUAAUGGUUAUGAGCUUAUGCCUGCUGUCAUUGCUGCUAAACCUCGGGUUGAGAUUGGUGGCGAGGACAUGAGAGCCGCCUACACAUUGAUCAUGACUGAUCCUGAUGCUCCAAGCCCUAGUGAUCCACACCUGAGAGAGCAUCUCCACUGGAUGGUUACGGACAUUCCUGGAACCACUGAUGUUUCCUUUGGAAAAGAAGUGGUUAGCUAUGAGAUUCCAAAGCCGGUGGUGGGCAUCCAUAGAUAUGUAUUCAUAUUGUUCAAGCAAAGAGGAAGACAAACUGUGAAGGCACCAACUUCAAGGGACCAUUUCAACACAAGGCGGUUCGCACAAGAGAACGGCCUCGGCCUGCCAGUGGCUGCAGUCUACUUCAAUGCCCAGAGAGAAACCGCUGCAAGAAGAAGAUGAAGAUGAAGAUGAAGAUAUAGAAGAAAGAUCAGUUUAAUACUAUUUCACUCGAAAUAAAAGAAAACUGCUCAUCUUCAACUUGAAGUUGGCAGCAUUAUCCUCUGGUUCAUGUUUUAGGGUUUUGGAUUCAACUUGAAGUUGUAUUUUGCUUAAUGUUUUCGAUUAGUUUAUUACAGAUUAUGUUUUGUUUACUGAAAAACUAGGUUUUGGUUUGGUUUGGUGUGGGACCAUAUACUUUAUAGGGUUUAUUUUGAUUAUAUGUACCGUACGAUCGGAUCAGAUCGAUCUACUGUAAAUAGAAUCAUGAUAGGACGUACGUCAUUGCAUCAUAGAUAAGCUACAUGCCUUUCACCAGGCACGUGGCACGCUAUGCAAAGAUCAUGUUCUGUACUAUGUUCUCGUUGAGUAUCUGCCCUUCCUAUUUCUAAUACAAAAUAACAUUAAAACUUGGUGUUUGAUUA